AUGACUUUCUCUGAUGAUGACCCAGUCGUCGCUUCCUACGACGUGCUCCUCACAGACUCGGAUGUCUCUCGCUACGUAUUUCAAUAUGUUGACCGCGAGCACAACCGUCCCUACAAUGACCAACAUAACCAACGGCCAAACAAACUUCGCAUGAAGCCACGCACCGGUCUUGUCGAAGUCGAAGUUCCCAUCAUCACUCGGGAAAACUACGAUGUUAAUAAGGGAAUGCGAUACGGGGAGGCCAUACAGAAGAGCCGCUCUGCGCGCGAUGGAGGUGCUUAUGGCAUGGCAGGAGGUUUCACUGCGGGCAGCGGUGCUGCAGCUGCAGGAGGAAGAGUCAAGCUAGAGGGAAACGGCGAUGUGGAGGUUUUGGAUCAUAAACGGGCCGUGGAUUCAGAUUCAUUGAUGCGAGUGCAGUCACUUGGAGGUCGCAUAAAGCCUGCCGAGGAAGGUGAUCCGGUCUACAUGCUGGCGACUUUCACAGACAAUAAUUUACAUCUCUCACCCGUCACAUCGGUUGUCCAGUUUCACCCUCAACUUCACCACUUGGACGCUUUGGAUGAAAUGCCCAAGGGCAAAGGCUUGCGGGCUAAAAAGGACGAAGAUGACCGUCCCACCGAGAGUGAAGCACGUGCAAUUGAUAUUAAGGUCAAGGCCGCUGAGGACGGAGAAGCGGCCGCGAACGCCGGCAAUUUGGAUCUCCUUAAGCAAAUGCAGGAUGAGAAAUGGAAAACAUACGAGUGGAUUGAUGCUGAGACCGAGGAAUCCUGGUUCACAUACGAGAGCUUCAUGAUUCACAAAGAGACCGAGCAACUCCAGACUUUAAAAUCCGCUAUCGAGUCGGAAGAUUACCUUGACAAAAUGAGUGCCCCUAGGAUUGAUCCCACCCGACCCGAUCUGACUGGUUGGGCUAUGAAGGAAAACCGUCGGCGGCAAAGAGAUGGCCAUUCAGAUAAUGAGGGCUAG